GUGAAAGUGACGCGUCGGCGCGUGCGCAGAGCACUCACCCAUCAUGGCGGCUUAUUUGAUGAUGACUUCCGGGUCGGCUGCCUUUCCGCUGCUCAUUUAGUGAAGAAUAAACCGGGUCUCGGAUGACUUGUUAUGUUGAACUUGUUGGGGAACCUGAGCAGCAGAUUAGUUAAGAAGAAGGAGAAUCACAUGGGCAAUGCUUCCACCAUGGCUGCAGAAGGCAUCCAGCUAGCCGAGGACGGGGUUCAAACCUGGGACAAACUCACCAUGCUGUCUGGUAAGGUUCAAACCCUGGACUCUGAAGUCGACCAGAACACUGCAGUCCUGAUGGGACACAUCGAGAAGCUAAAGUCCUCCGACGAAGCCGUACAAAAGCAGGCGCUGAAGGACAUAUACGCUCUCGUCGAGAAAGCAUGGCGUACCCCGGGGUACGGUCGGGACCUCGCGUAUAGCCUCUGCGACACAAUUCGUCUGUAUGGGGUGUUGGAUUACCUUCUUGAACAUUGCAUGUCUUCCUCCACAAACAAGGAAUUGGCCUAUGAAUGCGCACAUCUCUUAGAACAGAUCCUGACGCCCAACAACCGAGACCGCGUGGUGAAGUCAGGGUUCGAGGCUGUGGUUAAGUUAGCGUGCAGUCAAGAUGACACUGAUCUCGUGCGAAUUGGAACAGGCCUUCUGGAGAACAUGUUUAAGCACUCCGCAGACACCUGUACCAAAGUGAUACAACUGGGCGGGCUAAACGCGAUCAUUCGCAACUGUCGCGAGAACGACAAGUGGACGCUGCGACACUGUGCAGCGGCACUCGCCAACUGCGCGAUGUACGGUGGCGUGACCAAUCACGUGGCAAUGGUGGACCACAAGGCUCCAGAGUGGUUAUUUCCGCUUGCGUUUUCUGACGAUGAGUUUGUACGAUAUUACGCGUGCUUGAGUAUAUGUGUCCUAGCAGCGAACAGAGAAGUAGAGAGGGCCGUCACCGACUCAGACACGUUAAGUCUAGUUGAACCGUUCGUGACAUCACACGACCCGGAGGAGUUUGCUCGCAGCGACUGGACACACGCCCAAGGGCGGUCGGACGACUGGCUGGAGCGACUCAUCCCACUCUUACAGAGCAGCCAGGAAGAGGCGCAAUGUCUCGCCACAUUCCACUUCGCUAUGGAAGCAGGGAUCAAGAAAGCCCAAGAAAGAAUUAAGGUGUUCUAUGAGAUAGGUGCGGUGCGCCCCCUGAUCCGAGUGGCCAGCUCCUCCAGUAACCCCACGGCUAUCAGGUUCGCUGUCCAGGCUCUGACCAUCAUAGGAGAGGAGAUCCCAUCCAAACUCAACCUCUCUGUACCUACCUGGUCUACAGACGACGUCCUGACUUGGCUCAAACAGAUUGGCUUUGGUGGAUUCAGGGAUGCCUUCAAGGACAGUCAGGUUGAUGGAGACUUACUGCUGCUGCUGACAGAUGAUCAACUCCGUGACGAUAUCAGGAUGUCCAACAGUCUUAUCAGGAAAAGGUUUCUAAGAGAACUGGUGGAGCUGAAGACAAAUGCAGACUACUCAAGUUGUGACUCGACCAAACUGCGACGCUGGCUGAGGAGGGUGGGGCCAGAAUACAUGCAGUACACCUACCACAUGGUGCAUUGUGGGAUUGAUCGAACCACCCUGGAGUGGCUGACUGAAGACCACCUCCUGGAGGAUUGUGGGAUAGCAAACGGUGUUCAUCGCAUGAAAAUUCAAAAUGCCAUAAAAGCUGGAUCUCGUUUGUUCCCCCUGUCCUCUGAGACAUCCAGCCCAUCCAAGGAGAGUAUUGCCCCCAAACUGGACGUUUUCAUCAGUUACAGAAGAGCUACUGGUUCACAGUUAGCAAGCUUGUUGAAGGUCCACCUUCAGCUUAGAGGGUUCAAUGUCUUCAUUGAUGUUGAGAAGCUGGAGGCAGGAAAAUUUGACAACAAACUUCUGGAAAACGUCAAGAAGGCCAAAAACUUCAUCUUGGUCCUGACGCCUAAUGCACUGGAUAGAUGCCUUACAGACACAGAGGGAAAGGACUGGGUGAGAAAGGAGAUUGUUGCAGCCAUUGAAAGCAGCUGCAAUAUCGUUCCUGUCAUGUCUUCCUUCUACUGGCCCAAACCAGAAGAUCUCCCAGAGGACAUGAGGGCAGUGUGCUACUUCAAUGGCAUCAAGUGGAUCCAUGAUUACCAAGACGCCUGCAUCGAUAAGCUGGAGAGGUUCCUUCGCGGAGAAGACAUGUCAAAGAGGGGGCGGCUCAGCAAGAUGAGCAGCAAAGACGAGGAAGUAUUUGAUACGCCUCGCUACCGACUUCACAGGAUGGGCAGCAGUGAUAGCAUAUGAGGUGGAUGUCAAUAGUUGGAUGAAUGAUGAGGGAUCAUGUAACAUCAUCUGUCAACUUGAAGGCAUGACUGUACGCUGUGCUAGCACUGCUGUUCUGUGCUAACUUUUAACAGAAAUGAUGGGAUGGUAACUUCGCUCAAAAAUGGGUUUAGAACUUGCUGUAAAAGCCCAUUACUGUGUAGCUACAGAUGAUAGUUACUGCAUAGCAUUUUUGUGAUCUUUCAUUUCUUCUUUAGGCCAUAGCAAUUUAAUUUGUUGCUUUAACUUGAAGGAAAAAUAACAUGACAACAGAAGCUGUAAAAGGGUUAGGUUUAUGUUUUGGUGCAUGGUUUCAGUUUUACGCAGUGAGCACAAUCAGUCAGAUUCAAAUUUUUCUCCUGGCCCUGACAGCUUGUUUUCUAAUUAAAUUUUUACCUCAGAAUGUCUGAAAUCCAAGGAAAUAUAUUUGGUGUAUAUAAUAUACAGAAAUUGAACUAAAAGCCACAAACAGAAAUACAGGGUGUGUUAUAUUAACUGGAUGAAUUGGAUGAAACUUACACCAACUCAAUAUGAAACAAGAUUGAACUGUAAUUGCCAACACAAUUCUGUUCACUUGGCAAUCACAGUUCAAUCUUGUUUCAUAAUGACUUCUACCAACACAGAUGAACUUUCCAGAUUACACCAACUCAAGUUGACUGCAUGCAUGCAUUUUGCACUUGAAAGAAGCCGAGGAUUUAACAGUGACAGUAAUUAUCCUAAAAGAGAUUAGAUACAGUAAUUCCACUGGAAAUCAGCAUUUCCGCAGUGGAGAUUAAUUGCCGUGUUCAUGUCUGUAGGUAUUAGUUUUAAAUCCCCCGUGAGUUUUCACCUUGCUCAGUUUACUUCACAUGAACAGCAAAAUCAUGCACUUAUGAAAGGACAUAACUUGUCUUUGUGAGCAAGUGACAAAUAAAUAACUUGUUGACAAAGCAGUGAAUGCACAAAGAGUUGCACGCAAAAAGCACAUCAUUCACAGAUAUUUUAUUAACCACAAAUAGUCAAUCUGUUACACCAAGGGGAACAUGGUACCCAACAAAUUACAUUUACUGUUAUCUAUGCACGUAUCUUUACCUGCUGACAUAUUUUAUCAAAUCAAUUUUUUACAUUAUUGUUUUCUCCUGUCUGAUAAAUCUAGAUUAAGUUUUUUUUACAUAUGAAAUGUUUCUGAUUUAUAGUAUAUGACAUUGUAUUAAGUCGUCAGUUUUGUAAAUCUCACUCUAUCUGACAUGGUGUGCUUUAAUUUGUAAUUCAGUAAUGUAAUACCAAAAGCAAUUUGUUUGACAAUUAAUUUAGCACUUUUCAAUUUGGCACAUUGCCUGUCAAUGUAUAUGUCAUUUCACAAACUGAACUUACAAAAAGUUACACGUACGAUCAUGGCACUAAAGUAGAGUUAGAGACACUACAAGUUAUGAGAAAAACUACAACUAAUAGUAUGUGAAACAAUGAAUUAAGCCUUACAAAACAGCAUCAACAGUGUACAAUAAAUAGUCUGCCUGCCAAAUUGGCUGGUUGUCAAAAAUACAUGUACUCCAACUGGGGACAAAACUCAAUUUACAUGUACAUGACAUUGUACAUACCAUGAUUACAAUAUAGAAUACCAACAGCUUUACAACACAAGAGAUAACAAAACACUCAAAUUAUAUAAUGUUAUAUAUAUUAGCUGGUGUGUUACACCAAAAGUCAGUUAUACCACCGAUACAGAAUCAUACAGAAAGAUAUUAAAUUAGAAAUGUCAAUGUCUCUUAGUGUCAAAAUAUUAGUUGUGAAGAUAUCAUGUACAUGUGAUUGUUUGUCCAUGGCCCUGGACUGUGCCACAUAUGGAGAAGGGGGGGGGGCAAGGUGUCAGAUCCUGGCCUAGGCACAUACUAUUAGGCAGGUAGGCAGGUCUAGGUUAGGCAGCACAGCAUAAGAUUCUCUAUGCAAGUAUACAAUGUACCUGUUGUGUUCCAAACGUUAGGUAAUUACAGCAAAUCUGAUAUUAAAAUGAUUCAUUAACAGUGUUAUUUAGUUGUUUCCGGCUAUAGAUAUAUAAUAUAUAGUUUCAGCAAAUUCCAGACCAAAAUCAUGUAUAACAUUGUGUGUGUGUUUGUUUAUGUGGUACAAUGUAUGUAUGUGUGUGCGUGCAUGUGUUGGCCAGUAUCUGGCCCCUUAUCAUCAUGAGUUUACCAUGUGGAAACUCAGAGAUUUUAACGUUUUAUUGAUGUUGCAAUGGCCAAUAACAAGCAUGAUAUUUUAGACUAAGUUUGUGCCUUAGUUUGGUAGAAUGUUUAGUAGAAUUCCUACUGCUGCAUUGUACAUUCAUGAUACAUGUAAUGAUCAUGUGUAUCAAAACGUUGCACAGAAAAAGUGCAUGCAAGAGGCAGUGUAAUUCCAUGUAACUAGGUUAACUGGAAUCUUAGCAUAUGGAUUAAAAAAACCAUCAAUAUAAUGUGACAGCUGUCACAAUUCA